AUGAUAUUAACACAACAUAUCAACAAGAAGGGCAUAGCACUGACUGUGCCAAAGCAUAAAUCUAUUGCUUCAGAGGAUCAUACUGAAUGUAUUGAUUUGAGUGAUGAGUUUAUUCAGAGAUCUGCAUUGUCUCAACAUUUGUUAAUUCACCUCAGGAAGAAACGUUACAUCAGCAAACAGUGUAGAAAAUCACAUAGUGAACAAUCACCCCUUCCUCAGCAUAGUCAAAUGCACACACGAGGCAAAUUAUAUAAAUGUCAUAUGUGUGGGAAAGCCUUUAAUAAUUGCUUUUGCCUUAGGAGACAUGCGAUGAUUCACACUAGAGAGAAGCUAUUUAAAUGCCACUUAUGUGGGAAAGGCUUUGUGCAAAGCUUUGACCUUAGAAACCACAGUCAAACACACACAGGAGAGAAACCAUAUGAAUGCCAUGUGUGUGGGAAAGUCUUCAGUCAAAGUUCUGAACUCAGACGGCACGAGAGAACACACACAGGGGAGAAGCCAUAUGAAUGUCACCAGUGUGGGAAUGCCUUCAGUCAAUACUCUAAUCUUAAACGACACGAGAGAACGCACACUGGAGAGCAACCUUACGCAUGUCAGGUGUGUGGGAAAGCCUUCAGCCAUUAUUCUUCUCUUAGACGACAUGAGG